GUUUGUUGAACGGCAACGGGAUGCAAAAAGAAAUCGAGCGUGCGGUCGCCACAGUUUUCGGCGAUGCAGUAUCGCAUGAAACGCGUCACAUGAUCCGCGUUAUUGUUGAAACCCGAUGCCACUUUUAAAGCAGUCGCACACGCUGCCACUACGCUGCGACCAGCGGACCGCGAAAACAGCUGAUGACCCAGAGACUACUGCGACACGACGCCUUAGAAGAAACCUUGCAGGAGUCGAAGAGCAAAGGGGUUGUCCGCCCGCGGCAGCGGACACACUAGUGGUGCAAGCACGUGCUGAGGAGCGGCAGUGUCCGGCAACCAGUAGCUGCCAGUCGUCGGGAGCAUGAGUCGGCAAGCGGCCGGCAACAAGGGGGGUGGCGGCAAGUCCGAGGCGGGUGGCGGCUACCCCGCCCGAGGGGCCGGGGCCUCGGACGCUGCCGUUGGGGCUCGUGGUGCGGCGGGACCCUUUCCCGGGGGCAGUGCGUCGCCAGCCUCCACGUCCAGUUCGGCCUCGGCACUGGCCAGCUUGUUCGAGUGCCCAGUGUGCUUCGACUACGUGCUGCCACCCAUCCUGCAGUGCCAGAACGGGCACCUGGUGUGCUCGCCGUGCCGACAGAAGCUCACCUGUUGCCCCACCUGCCGAGGCCCCAUUGGCAACAUCCGCAACCUGGCCAUGGAGAAAGUGGCCAACACGGUGUUCUUCCCGUGCAAGUACUCGCUCACGGGCUGCCCGGCCCUGCUGUCCCACUCAGAUAAGCCCGAGCACGAAGAGGCCUGCGAGUUCAGGCCAUACCUUUGCCCUUGUCCCGGAGCGUCAUGCAAGUGGCAGGGCUCUCUCGACCAAGUGAUGGCUCACCUCGUCCACUCCCACAAGUCCAUCACGACGCUGCAAGGCGAGGACAUAGUGUUCCUGGCGACAGACAUCAACCUGCCCGGCGCAGUCGACUGGGUGAUGAUGCAGUCGUGCUUCGGGCACCACUUCAUGCUGGUGCUGGAGAAGCAGGAGAAGUACGACGGCCACCAGCAGUUCUUUGCCGUGGUGCAGCUGAUUGGGUCGCGCAAGCAGGCCGACAACUUCAUCUACCGCCUCGAGCUCAACGGCCACAAGCGCCGGCUCACCUGGGAAGCCACACCGCGCAGCAUUCACGAGGGCGUCCAGGCGGCCAUCAUGAGCAGCGACUGCCUCGUCUUCGACACCAGCAUCGCCCAGCUGUUCGCCGACAGCGGCAACCUAGGCAUCAACGUCACCAUCUCGCUGUCCUGAGCGGCGUUCCGCGUGCCACGCCGCGCGUCCGUGUGGACGUGUGUGGCACCCCUCGCGACUCGUUAGCAGCCCGGCAAAGAACGUUGCAGCAUGCACGUCGACAUCACCCUCUUACCAUUUCGUGUGUGCCGUCGCGUGAAGUGUUCGUUGCGCCUUCGAAGGACGUGCUGCAGUCCCGUGACGCGGACUACUAACUGCGGGUUUUGCAGUGUGGAGAUGGACAACGCGUUUCGGGAACAACGGCGCAAGGAUGUGUUCACUGGCCACGUGUCUUGGACGUGUUGUCGUUGCACGCGCAUACCAAUGGACUUUUAGCACGUUUCAGGGCAUGGAUUGACGCAGCUGUGACGUGGGUGACGUGACCACAAUAGCUGCGUUGUCUGCCCCGGUAUUGCACUGUCGACGUACUGCUCAGCUUGACUCAUCUGUAUACAACAAACCUCCAGGCGUGUUACUGCAAGGUGCCGUGGACGUUGCUCUCAUCCAAUACAUUACCCAAUGACGUUGCAUCGGCUCUGCGCCUUUUGCAAGCUUGGUGCACCAUUUUUGCACCUCCCUUCUGUAACGUUCAGCACCAUGGUUGGUAAUAGCGAUUGCUACCACAGGUAUGAAGCUGCACUUGCAGCCUAGGUGUACCUGCCUGUACGGCUGCUUUUGCGACCCACGAUCAUGGAGUGUUUUCUUACUUGCAUUGCCGUUUUGCAGUGCAGACACUCCACGGUGUCGUCCGCAGCAAACCGGGCCAUCACGCUGCAUUCCUGGAGACAAGAUGCCUUGGCACAGACUCGAGCAGCUUAUGGCUGCCUCGUAUUACAUCGUCGUUUCGACUGUGGCAGCGCGCUUUCAAGUGUUCGUCAAACCUGCCGCAGACACUGUUCCCAAGGUGCGAGUGAUCUCGAGGGCUCUAGGGAGUGCCCUAGAAGACUGCGAUGCGAGACUUCCUGCGAUGCGAGAGAGCCGCCGCACUCAUAGUCAUCCGUUGCUCACUUGAUCGUCUUGUCAUAGGCGGGGAGACGGAAUCGACGUCUUAGCUCGGCGUACUAGCCGCGCAAGCCUCCGAACAAAUUACCAGCGCGUGGCACCACAAGUCUGGCAGUCUGCACUUUUUGAGACGGGCCUUGCGGUCACCGUCGGCUACGUGAUUGGUCAGUUUCAACGUGUUGGGACGGUAAUGCGAGGUUAUAUCGAGAUGCCUGAAAGCACCAGUCUCUGGCCUUACACUUACACAAUUGUUUCAGUCAGCUUCAGGUAACGACAAAUUUCGAAUGAAGCCAGCUCCUGAAAAGUUGCAAGGCCACGUUGAAAAAAUUUGCAACUGCGAAUAACUCGAUCAUCUUGAGGUCGUGCAGAUCUCUUGAAAGACUAGCCACUGUCACAGGUUUUCCAUCACAUGAUGAAACCCUGAGAAGGAAAAAAAUGUGAUUUCAUGGACAUUGAGCGCGUUCCUAGUGCUGCAAGCGACGGGCAGCCCCAACGUGUAUUCGAAGAUUUCCCCAGACAGGAGCACUCGCUGUUGCCUAUAUUCAAUUGGACAAGGGCCAUCGCAGAUGACCAUAGCGUCAUGCGAGAUGCCAGUGGCCUACUGUGGAGUGGGCGGACAGUUUGCAGCCCCACAAGCUCCGUUGUGUUCACAAACGCUCUGUGCACUGCCGCCUGAACUUUUUUCUUUUAGGCCGCAGCGCUUCCGUGACGCGUAGCAUGUACUCCGGGCGUGCACGCGCCGGUGUACUGCUUGUGGCUAGCAGGCAACAAAUCUUUUUAGCGCUUUGAUUGGUGGUUACUCUUUGCUUUUCCUUUGCUGCAGAGAUGUUAAUUGGAUCGAUUCUUCAACUACGAAAUGUCUCUCGUUUGUCAUAUGUCGCCAGAUUCUGGCGUCGUCCCUGACGACAACACUGCUACGAGACUGCGGAUGACGUUAAACGCCGGUAAGGGGGCGCUGGCUUCACGCAAUCCUCUGAAGAUAUCCAAAAGGCACAGAAAUCCCUUGGGACUUAGAGAUGACGAAACAGGAUCAAACGCCGCCCACAGAUUAAUAACCCGAAGGAAGGCGGCCAACUGAGGUUCGCUUAAUAUACAAGAAUUGCGGACAUUUCGCAUUGACUUAAGUACUAACUACGCGAGGUUACAUAUAAACUGGCAGCCGGUUCAUUGGCUUGCCGAAACGACCUGCCUUUUGUAGGACGUGCGAAGGAGAAAAAUGCGUCGUUUGGGCCUUCCCUAUUUUCACGCCAACAGCUGGAUUGGUUUUGCGUCUUGACAUCAUCGCCUGUACGCUGGAUUCAGUGACGCUGUUCUUUUUUGAAGGAUGAAAAAGAAAAGAAUGUACAUAUGUUGCAUAGUACGGAAAUAAAUCUUUUAGUACCAACGA